AAUGCAGUAAUUAAUUACAACGGCCUCCCUGAUUUUCUUCGAGACUUUAUCUCUCACUCACUCACUCGCACACACUGCACAACUCUGGGUCUCGCUUGCUGGAGCUGGAGAUGGAAGCCGCCGCAGGCACGAGCAUGAAGCCUUACUGCGUCGCCGUCGCCAUACAGCUCAUCUACACCGGCAUGUUCGUGGUCUCCAAGGCGGCCUUCGACCAGGGGAUGAACACCUACGUCUUCAUCUUCUACCGCCAGGCAGCUGGCUCCCUCCUCCUGCUGCCUAUCGCUCUUCUACGCAGGAAAAAUGCACGAUCCGUGUCACCCCGGGUGCUCUUCAACCUCUUCUUUUGCGCCUUAAUCGGGAUUACGCUUGGCGUGAACCUGUACCAUGUAAGCCUCAGGUUCACCUCUGCAACCGUGGCAUCUGCAGCCGACAGCUCCAUGCCCGCGGUCACCUUCUUCCUGGCGGUGCUACUGAGGAUGGAAGAUGUGAAUCUGAGGAGCCGGUCGGGCAUCGCCAAGCUCGCCGGCGUAGCGCUCUGCCUCGCCGGAGUCUUCGCCAUCGCCUUCUACGCCGGGCCGGCCAUAAGCCCCGUCAACCAUCACCGUGCCUUCGCCUCUCACAACUCACCAGGCUCCAAAGCAGCUGUCCCCAGGGGUGUAUGGAUCAGGUGGACAUUCCUCAUGGUCGUCGCCAACAUCUGCUGGGCUCUGUGGAUAGUUCUACAGGCUGCGGUUCUGAAGGAGUAUCCAGAUAAGAUGGUCGUGACUGUGGCUCAGUGCCUGUUCAGCACGGCGCAGUGCUUGGUUGUCGCGGUGGUCGCCGAGCGGGACUUCUCCAAAUGGAAACUCCGGCUUGACGUCGGCUCGCUCGCCGUUUUAUACUCGGGUUUCAUGGUGACAGCCUACUACCUGCAAACUUGGUGCAUAGAGAUGAGAGGCCCCAUGUUCUUCGCGGCCUGGACCCCACUCUGCUUCGUGUUCACGAUAUUUUGCUCAUCGUUCUUCCUCGGAGAGACCGUUCACCUCGGCAGCAUCGUGGGUGGAAUUUUACUUGUCGGAAGUCUUUACACCAUGCUGUGGGGUAAAAUCAAGGAAAGUAAGACUUGCGAUGUCAGAGAUGAUACAGAGAAAGAUGGGCGUGAGAAAUCUGCAGAGAAUUGCCCGGAAGAGCAAGAGCAGACUGCAACAGAGGUCAGGGAAUCAUCAUCGAUAGGCGCGUCUGCUUCGCGUGUCGAAGAACUGUGAAUGUGUCGUCGAUGGAUCCGACUAAUGUACUCUGACUGCAUUGUGCUAUUCAAAUGUAAAAUUGUGGUUUUUCUAUGGACCGCACAUUUCAAGUUA